AUGGCUUCUAAUCAUACAUAUUGUCGAUCAAAACCCGCUCCUACACAAGUUCCGAUCAACCUGAGGUGGUGCAAUCGAGCAUUACGACCGUUAACAUCGAUAUAUCUACGACUCGAAAAACACUGGAAAGUUUCCCCAUUGCGAGACGAAGAGUAUAUUCGGCGGGCAUACAAUGGCGGCACCACUGCUUCUAAUGGCAGCCAAGGUUUACGCAGGACCGCGCCCGGUUCAGCAAACGCGUCUGACUCGGAGUCAUCGAAGGAAGACCCAACAUGGGUCCCGGGUGAUGCUGUACGGAAACCGAUAAAACACAGGUACUCUGGACGAAGGGAGCGACCUCGUACGAACGGUCGCUCAAAAGUUGUUGUUAAAAGCCCCGAAGCCGAGAAACUUCAGCCCGGGCAAUUCACAAUUGCGACACCAUUAAUACUGGGGAAACGGCGCGUGCUCGACCUGGGAAAGACACCAGCUGCUGAAGAUAUCCGCAACGUGGAAAAAGAGCCGCCACAAAAACAAAAGCUAUUUUCUUAUUCGAAACAUAAGUCACUAGGGAACAGUUGGAGUCUGAGCGAGAUUGCGCACGGAAUCGAGGAUACAUACAAUGACCCAUCGUAUGUAGCGAUCGUGCAAACCAUAUUCUCCGCUUGGGAUACGUUCCUCAGAAUGAGCAGCCCACAGCAAAGUCACGGUAGAGGUGCAAAAUCCUUAUUAUCCAUGGCUUUAAACACUACGUCCGAAUAUAUUUUACACGAACAAGAACGGGUGAAUAGUUUGGAAGAGAAAGAGGAGGAGAUAGAUGUUGCAGGUUUUAUUAUCACGGAAUUGGAAAAGACAUAUGCAAUGAGCAGCGAUGGGUGGAAGCCGCUGAAGGAACUUGUUCGAUCGCAUGGCAUCCAUCUAAUGUGCGAAGCUAUUCGCAAACGAUGGCUAUCCCCUCAGCUGAGCCGCCGAAUUGUCUUGCAGUCGUUUGCGCUCUCUGCCCAUGACGCUGCAGGAGCGCUAUUAUCAGCUCUAUUAUCACUUUCUCCCAUUAUCCCACCACCUAUCCGCUUGGAUAGUGACUUAUUUAAACCAAGCCAUUCGGUUGCAUUGCACACCCUAGAGACGUACGUGAGGUCCUCAGGAAACCUCAGUAUAUUCUUUAGGGAAAUGGCAUCCUUACUGGACCGAGGACGUUUGCCUGCGGAGUGGCUCGCGACAGAUUCAAUGAAAAAUUAUUUGACUGCUGCCCUGCAAUCCCUCUCGACUGGCGAUGAGCAUUCGUUUGCAUCUCUACGCCUCAUCACAUCGGCAAUUCUAGCAGCUGCUGGCUCUAAGAGGACUAUUUCUCCUAAGGUCUUAAAGAGCCUAAGACGGUCAAAACGUGGAACUCUUCAAUGUCUCAAGGGGGAACGAGAACCAAGUUUUGCUAGCUCUUUGCCAGGUCGGGAGACCAAUUGCCAUGACCCGAUCUCUAUUGCACUCAGCAAUAGUAUUACAAGCAUAUUGACUGUCCUCUCCGCCUCGCACUUCGCUAAGUUCGGAUUUGCAAUGGCAAAAGGCUCAGCAAUGUAUAAGCUAUUGACGUUCCUAUCCACAAUAGUACAGCGGGAUGUUGAACAAGCUGCAUUUGAUGGGAAGAAGCACAAGCUAGACUUGCAGCCAACACGCGCGUGUGCCAUUUUACUAUCGGACUUUUUGAUCAACUAUUUGGAUAGCUGUGGCAAGGGAGUUCGCAAGAAGGCUGUACAUCACGGCCUACCAGUUAUACAUAACCUUGGAUAUUUAACUGGCAUGCAUAAAAAUAAGAAAGAGCUUGUGGAAGAGUUAUCCGCUUUCGUUUUACAGAUCGCAAAAUGCCUAGGCAGGGUACAGAGUGACGAUGGAUUUGAGGUGGCUAAACUGUUCACUCUAGCCUUCGAAUGCUCAGAUGUGAAAGGAGAACCUAUCCUUCGAAGAGUGCUCAGCAAGGUAGCCGUGGAGAUUGCUUUGAAGUUUGCCGAGUCAACAUGUCUGCAAGAUCAUCAUGACUGGGCCUCAUAUAUUCAAGAUCAGGUCGUUGCGUGCGAUGUUAACCUGAAUGACUCGGACGAGCUACAACCGCUGACUCCUUCACUGCGCCGCUCAGCAACUGGGUUUAGGUGGGAGGAUGGCAUUGGAGAGUGGGUUGCGAAAACACCCGUUUUCAGUCAAGCCAAAACGUCGAGGUCGGCCUCACCACUGCCGAACAAUACUGCCUCUCAAGCUGCUCAGCCAGGUAACUACAGUAACCGGACUGAGAUAUCAGAUUCCGAGGAGAGCGACUCGUGGUUCUCAUCGGUAUUAGAGCGAAACACCGAGAGCUCGAGCGUUUCAUCGGACUAUUCGGAGUCACCUCCACCUCCUAAAAGGAAGCGCUUGUCAAGCCAUACUGAAGAUCAUCGCUCAAGGAGACCCAACAACAUGUUACCCAACAAGGUAGAGCUGCACAACCCCCGUCGCUCGCAGCAACAGGCCCCGAUACACUGGAAUCCAGACAUGGAUACCCUUUCAGGCAGUGAAUCUCAACGUUGCCGGCGUUCGUCCCGAAGGAAAUCACCGCAGUCCCAUGUUUCUAAUAUGGCUAGCUCUUUCCCGUCUUUAUACCAGCAGCGGUCGAAUGGAGAAUUGGUAGCCACUGCGGAACGUGAUACCUCACAGAGGGUCGCCGUUGUGGUUGAAGUCCCUCGUCUCCCUAAAGUGCCUACUGUAGAGGUGGUUAUUUUCAAAGAAAAAGUGCAUGACAUAAACCGCAAGAAGCGCCGACACACCGAGCCCUUAGGAGUCAGGACAAAGGAUCUCGAUAUAUCAGAAUACGAAGAAGACGAAGACGAGCAAGAGGACGAUGAUGAUGAUGAAGAAGAGGAUAUCCUCAGCCACGCUCCGGCUCUGAGCCAGCGUCUUCGGCAGAGAAUACCACGUUAUGCGACUUCCAGGCUACCCAUAAGUCGUCUCAAGAUGUCUAGAAAUCCCCAUCCCCGUCGAUCGAUGAGGUUAUCCCUCGGCCAGCGUGAGAUACCCUGCUCGGAUGGAAGCGGUUCAAGUGACGAUGAGCUGAGCUUCUGCUAA